GUUUAUUGGAAGGCCAUGAACUGGGAAUGGAACAAGAUAACAGUGAUCUUGAAAGUGAUGUUCACCAUGAUUGUGAAGAAUCAUCUUCUUAUUACCAGAAAGUUGAAAGAAAACAAAAAGCAUGGGAAAAUUUGCGACAUUCAAUUAUAAAGAAUACAUUUCAGUUUGCUGGGAAAAAUUGGAGCAAUCUGAAGUGUAUUCAUUGUGAUAAUGAAGCAAAGUUUAGGUGCAGCGAUUGUGGUCCAAUGGCAAAGUAUUGUGAGAACUGUAUAUUAAAGAUGCACACAACCGUAAAUAUUUGUCAUCAUGUUGAAAUAUUUAAGGAUGGCAUGUUAUGGCCAUAUAAACUCAUGAACAUGCUGGUGUAUGAUUGUUCAUGCCAAACAGCUCGUCACAAAAGAAGUGUUUCUGUUGUUGAUGUUAAAGGCACCUUUUGUACUGUUGAGGUACACUUUUGCUCAUGCUCUCCAGAGUUUGUUCAACUUCUGCAAUUUGGCCUUUGGGGUGGAACACCUACAAAACCAAGAAUUGCAUUUGCAAUUGAGUUUUUUGAAUUGAUUCAUUCUGUGCAGAUGGAAUGCCAGGCAUCAAUAAAAAGCAUUUGUCAGUCAUUUGAAGAGUUUAAUCAUAACCACAUAUUCUCUUCUUAUGCAACACCAAAAUGUAUCCUGUCAUUAUAGAUGCUUUUGAAGAAUAUAGGUAACUGCAUGUAGGUCACUGAUUUAUUGCACUGCUGUACUACGUAUGAAUUGCUGGGAAAGUUGCAGUCAAUUUUAUAGCCUAAGAAUCUCAUCUUAAGAGAUGUAUUUAAUUGGAG